CCACCUUUACCGCUGCAAAAAGCCUCUGGCUCGAAUGCCUUGGAUCACUGGUCGGGCAAUAUGCCGAUUCGAGGCUUUGCAUGCCGCUGCAGGGAAAAUUGACGACAUGAGGCGCCCUCUGGGUCUUUUGAAAUUACAUUGCUUAAGUCACUCCAGUGUGUGUCAAAGUGUGGGAUGUUGAGUGGGACAGCUUAUUUCUGAUCGUCUUCGCCAUCAUCACAUAAGUAUCCUCUUCGUCCGCUGUUAUUCCUGCCUCUGAUACUUGAGCAUCACCAUCAAGUGCGAAACAUCAUUGAAUUAUAUUUAUUCUUCAACUUCGUACCUGACUUUGGUCCUCUAUAACUUGUGGGGUUUGACGUCUUGCACCACACACCUAGGCAACGUCAACUUACAACAACACCAUAACUAGUGAUACUACAGUAACGCAGAUUUUGUCGUUCCCACCGCACCAAGCGCUCUCCCCUCCACCACAUAUCCAACAUGUCACCACACAGUUUGGUUGGAAGCCACAUCGAUGGCCCUCCGUUCGAGGACACCACCUUUGCGGGUGCUAACGGCUUCCACGCCGCACCCGCAACCAACGGGCAGGUCCCAGCCAAGUCAUCCCUCCUCAAGCCCACGUCGGCCAGCGACGAGUUUGACCUUAUUUGCGUGGGAUUUGGCCCUGCCAGCUUGGCCAUCGCCGUUGCUCUGAACGACGCACUCGAAAAUGGCUCGCUGAGCAAUGCCCCGAAGGUGCUCUUCCUGGAGAAGCAGACACACUUCAAAUGGCAUUCCGGUAUGCUCCUGCCGGGCGCCAAGAUGCAGAUUUCCUACAUCAAGGACUUGGCCACCUUGCGCGACCCGCGAUCUCACUUCACCUUCAUGAACUUCCUUCACAAGAACGGCCGUUUGGUGGACUUCAUCAACCUAGGCACCUUUUUGCCCGCCAGAGUCGAGUACGAGGAGUACAUGCGAUGGUGUGCUGAGCACUUUGAGGACGUAGUCCUAUAUGGCCAGGAGGUGGUUUCUGUGUCACCCCAAACGUCAUCGGCUGCCCCCAACAAGAACCCUAUAUCGCAGUUCUCCGUGACCUCUCGAACCCUGAAGUCGGGCGAAGUGACUACCUACAGCGCCAAAAACGUUCUGGUCGCCGUUGGAGGAACGCCCAACAUACCUAAAUCUCUCCCUGCAAACCACCCGAAGAUCAUCCACUCUUCUCAAUACAUCAACUUGAUACCCAAGAUCCUUACCGAUAGAAACGCGGCUUAUCGCGUCGCUGUGAUUGGCGCUGGACAGAGUGCUGCUGAGAUAUUCAGCAACCUCCAGGAACUGUACCCGAACUCUUCCACGUCCAUGGUCAUGCGAGCCGAGUUCUUGAAACCGAGCGACGAUUCUCCUUUUGUUAACUGCAUUUUCAACCCCGAAUACAUUGACAGCCUGUAUCCGCGGUCAACGUCUCAGCGUAUGGCUGUUCUCAAGGACGCCCGCGCUACAAACUACGCCGUGGUGCGCCUUGAGCUCAUUGAGAAGCUCUUCGGGGUUAUGUAUCACCAGAAACGGGUGCUUGGCCCCGAUGAGCGAAAAUGGCCCCACCGAAUCAUGGGGCUCACUGAGGUCCUUGGCCUUGAAUCGGACGACUUCGACCAGGAGAAGCUCAAGCUCCGCAUCCGCUCCCUGCGCGAACUCGACUUCUUCGACGGCUCCGACUCGGGCUGCUCGGUCGACGGCCACUCCGAGGCUGGCGAUGAGACCCUAGAGGUCGAUCUCAUCAUCGCCGCGACGGGUUACCAACGCACCCAACACCUGCAGAUGAUGGAGGAUGUUGGUCCUCUUUUGCCCGAGAAGGUUCAGUCGCCCCUGGAGAAGGUAUCCGCGCCCAACGGCGCGGUCGCCGUUGACUUCAAAAACGGGUCGGCGGGGCUGGAGCAACGCACCAUGGAGGUCGCACGUGACUACAGCGUGCGCUUUGCCCCUGGAAAGGUGGCGCCCGGAUCGGGAAUCUACUUGCAGGGAUGCAACGAGAAGACUCACGGACUCAGUGAUACCCUUUUGUCUGUGUUGGCCACUCGAUCCGGCGAGAUGGUCGAGACGCUCUUUGGAGCGAAGGCGAAGGCCGGCUUCCAAAAGAAAUAGAGGGGAUAUACCCAUUUGAUAUGAAGACUGCUGAGAUUGGCAGUCCCAGACAGCGAUUUUGCAUCUUACGAUUGAAACGGAACAGGAACAGGAAAUAUGGGAUUUAUGAAAAGAAAUUGUAAAUAGGAUACGAUUCAAUCAAAUCAAUCAAAACAUGCAUAUAGAGACC